ACGAACGCUUCACUUGUGUUUUUUUAUAAUUUUACUGUCAUUAAAACUGAUAAUUUGAUGCAUUAUUCGUAUGCAACAGAUAUUUUGACAUAAUAUUGGAUUCUAUUAUGUGAUUCUAUAGUGUGUCAGUGGAUUCAAGUGCAAGUUGUAACUAAAAUCAAUAAUAAUCAGUGACCAACAAAGUGAGCAAGAUGAAUUAUGAUGCGGAAAGAGCUAUGAAUCAAAAGCGAUUGAGGAUGGAGGGAGAACCGGGGCACGGUGUCGUGCAAGGAAAUGGAUUACCACUUAAUUAUAUAGAUAAUGGGCAUCAGAUACCGUACCAACCGUAUGCGGGUGCUUAUAACACUCAUUACCCUCCGCCCGAUGCAUUCGCGGCAUACGGGCCUCCGCCCCCUGGCGGCUAUGCCCCGCAGAACCUGUCGUACGCGCCGCCCGCGCACCAAAACUACGCUCAUCACCAAAGCUUCCCGCCGCAGCAGCCACCUCAAGCACAAUUACACAUGCCUCAGUCACACAUGGUGCAAGGUUAUGGGCCGGAGGUGGUGCAUAAGCCAGCGUGGGCGCCGCAGCCACAGCUCCUCGCCCCACUGGAUGCACAGAAACCGCUUGACAUCAAACAUCUGAAGCCUGAGAUCAAACUGGAGCCUACAGAUGCACAUAAACGGUCACAUCCGGAAGCAGAAAUAAUGAGUGGUGAUCUGGACCAACCGAAAAUAAAAAUAAAAACAGAUAUAUUCAAGCCAGAUGAUCUCGCUCACAGACCUGAUAUAGACAAGCCACAUGAUAUAUCUCAGAAACCAUUAGAUGUACAGAAAACUUCAGAAUUAUUGCAAAAUAAAGAUGAAAGUCAAACACACUUGCGGACAGAGAGUAUAGCGGGGGACAAAAUUAUUGAAGCAGCAAAACUAGAAGUUGCAGACAAAAUGUGUGGAGAGAUACCGCGCCCCGCCAUGCCUGUAGCACUCGCACCACCCGCACCACUCCCGCAUGACAAGUGUGAGGAAGAGAGGAAGCCGUUCAGUAGUCCCGACAUUCCGAAGCCCGGCGCCGCCAUGACCCCCGGCAAGAUCACCACGCCCGGUCUGGAGCCGAAGAAGCGCGGUCGUCCUAAAGGUUCAACGAAUAAGCCGAAGCCGCCGGGCACGCCGUUGAGGGCGACAGCGCCGGGGCCGGGCGCUUCGCUCCUGCGCGGCGCCGCCCCCGGCCCGCGCGCCGCCCUCCCCGCACCCCGCCCGCGCAACCCCGCAUACCAGUUCGCAGUGCGACCCUGCAGGAAAGAUUUCUCAGGGAUACAGUUUAAAAGGCGGUGGAGCGACGACUGCCUGGACUCGUCGCACAUACCCAACGAGGUGUACUUCGGGGACGUGCCGGUGCCGCUCUCGGUGUUGUACAACUACUACGACGCGAAUGCGGAGCGCGAGCGGCUGGCCGCGCAGGCUGCUCACAUCGCCGCGCAGAAAGCCGCCGCCGCCAAGCUCGCCGCCGCCGGCCUGCACCAUCGCCCCGCCGAGGUGACGACGGUGGACUCGUCAUCAGACGACGACUCGACCGGCUCCUCGGGCAGCGACUCGGGAGAUAGUGACGAUGACCAGCCUCUGAAGCGAGGUCCGGGCCGGCCGAAGGGGUCGAAGAAUUCGACGCCGCGCACGCCGAGCGCGCCGGGGACUCCGGGGACUCCGGGCCGCCGCGGCCGCCCGCCGGUGCCGCCCGAGCUGCGCCAGCCCGGCAUCACCGACAUGAAGAAGUUCUGCAAGGCCGCCGGCAUACGCUUCGACUACAAGAAGCUCGUCGAAGGAUGCACAAAGAACAAGGAGCGCGUGGCGAAGAUGCAGGAGCUGCUGGAGGCGGCGGGGCUGCAGGGCAAGCCCACGCUGGAGGCCUGCCGCGCCCUCAAGCAGGCCAAACUUGACCGCAAGCAUCAGCAGCAGCAGGCCAAGAGGGAGGCCAAGGCCAAACACAAACAGGAGGACUCGGAGGGCGGCGGGGAGGAGGGCGAGGGCGGCGCGGUGUCGCGGCGCAUGACACGCGGCGCCACCGGGGUGAAGCCGCGACAACGCAUCGUGAUAUCAUCGGACGAGGAGGACGACACGCCGGCCGCCAGACGCACGCUCUCCAAACUGCGCUCCAGCGUCAAUGACCACUCCGACUCUGACUAG